CCCUCCCGUCUCUCUCUCCCUCCGUUUUCUGGAUGUGAAGCAGCAUGCGGCCCGGUGAGAGCUUAGAGGGCUCGUGCUCGGCUCGCGGAAGAUGUAUUGAUGUUAAUAAUAUUACUAAUAGCGGCACGGAACGCUGUCUCGCGCACCCCUCGUCGGCAAAGAGGAGGAUGAAAAGGGGGACGACGAAGUGGAGGAUGAGAGGGAUGAAUGAGAGGAUGACGGACGGUGGAAUGACGGUGAUGCGCUGUUUUCUGUGGAGUCUCGUUCUCUGCUCGCUCUCUUCGCGCGCGCAAGGUUUCAUCUAUACAUGUGGCGGUACACUGAAAGGCCGAAAUGGCAGUAUAGAAUCGCCAGGCUUUCCCUAUGGCUACCCUAAUGGGGCGAACUGCACCUGGGUCAUUGUCGGGGAGGAAGGAAGUCGAAUCCAGCUGAUGUUCUUGUCCUUUGCCAUAGAAGAAGAAUAUGACUUCUUGUCCUUGUAUGAUGGACACCCACACCCUGCUAACUUCAGAACCAGGCUAACAGGCUUCCAGGUUCCUCCCCCUGUCACCAGUACAGGAAAUGUCUUCUCUUUGAGGUUGACCAGUGACUUUGCGGUCUCUGCACAUGGCUUCAAACUCAACUAUGAAGAACUCCACAGUACGUCUUGUGGAAACCCUGGUGUCCCACCCAAAGCAGUGCUAAGUGGUGGCGGACGUUUUGCUGUGGGAGACCGUGUGCGGUACAGCUGUGUUCCUGGUUACGUCUUAGACGGCCAUGCCACACUCACCUGCAUUACCAAUACAGGAAACACCGCCGUCUGGGACUUUCCUGCUCCAAUUUGUCGAGCUGAGGACACAUGUGGGGGCACUGUGAGGGGCGGCAGUGGGGUGGUGACCAGUCCCGGUUACCCCGGCAACUAUGGUAACCAGGCCGACUGUACUUGGAUCCUAUUGGCCGAACCUGGAGACACCAUCUCUGUCAUCUUUACAGACUUCCAGACAGAGGAGAAGUAUGACUACCUGGAAGUUGAGGGAUCUGAACCACCCACCAUUUGGUUGUCGGGCAGUAAUGUCCCCUCUCCCAUCGUUAGCAACAAGAACUGGCUCCGACUGCAUUUUAUGACUGAUAGCAACCACCGUUACCGUGGUUUCAGCGCACAUUAUCAAGUGAAGCGAUCAGUAGAUUUUAAAUCGCGGGGCGUUAAAUUAUUCCCUGGCAAAGACUCCAGCAACAAGUUUUCAAUAUUAAAUGAAGGUGGUGUGAGACAGGCAUCUAACUCCUGCCCUGACCCGGGAGAGCCAGAGAAUGGAAAACGCCAUGGCAAUGAUUUCAGCAUUGACGGUGUGGUGCAGUUCAGUUGCGGAGAAGACUAUGUUCUUCAGGGCAGUAAAACCAUCACCUGCCAGAGAGUGGCUGAAGUCUUUGCAGCCUGGAGUGACCACAGACCGGUCUGUAAAGUGAAGACAUGUGGCAGUAAUCUUCAAGGGCCAUCAGGAACCUUUACAUCUCCUAACUUCCCCAUUCAAUAUGAGAGCAAUGCACAGUGUGUGUGGAUAAUUACUGCUUCAAAUCCCAAUAAGGUAAUCCAGAUCAACUUUGAAGAGUUUGACCUGGAGAUAGCCUAUGAUACUCUGACCAUAGGAGAUGGAGGAGAGGUGGGAGAUCCUACAGCUAUACUGCAGGUCCUUUCAGGUAGCUUUGUUCCUGACCUGAUAGUCAGUAUGACCCACCAGAUGUGGCUUCACCUACAGUCAGAUGAGAGUGUCGGAUCUAUAGGAUUCAAGAUCAACUAUAAGGAAAUAGACAAAGAGAGUUGUGGCGACCCUGGAACUCCUCUCUAUGGAAUAAGAGAAGGGGACAGCUUCUUAAAUGGAGGAAUCCUGAGGUUUGAGUGCCAGUUUGGAUUUGAGCUGAUUGGAGAGAAAACUAUCUCCUGCCAAGACAACAAUCAGUGGUCAGCAAACAUCCCCAUAUGCAUAUUCCCCUGCAUGUCCAACUUCACAGCUCCCUCAGGAACUGUACUCUCCCCAGAUUACCCAGAAGGCUAUGGAAACAACAUGAACUGUGUCUGGCUCAUCCAAUCAGAUCCAGGCUCCAGAAUCCACUUGGCAUUUAAUGACUUUGACCUCGAGGCACCCUAUGAUUCCCUAACGGUGAAAGAUGGCGAGACAAAUGAUGCUGGCGUCAUCGGGAGGUUCUCUGGAGCUGAGAGUCCUUCCCAUCUGACGUCCAAUACCAACACACUGAGACUGGAGUUUCAGGCAGAUCACUCCAUGUCAGGAAGAGGAUUUAAUAUCACAUACAGUACAUUUGGCCAUAAUGAGUGCCCAGACCCUGGCAUUCCAAUUAACGCUCGCCGCUUUGGAGACAGCUUCCAGCUUGGCAGCUCCAUCUCUGUGGUCUGCGAGGACGGUUUUAUCAAAACCCAAGGAACCGAGACCAUCUCCUGUCAGUUAGAAAAAGGAAAAGUCAUGUGGAGUGGGCCCAUUCCUAAAUGUGAAGCCCCGUGUGGAGGCCACUAUUCAGCCCCGAAUGGAGUGAUUUUGUCUCCUGGGUGGCCUGGUUACUAUAAAGAUUCCCUCAGCUGUGAGUGGGUGAUUGAAUCAGAACCUGGUCGCUCCAUCAAAAUCACAUUUGACAGGUUCCAGACAGAGCUGGGUUAUGACUUUCUGGAGAUCCAUGAUGGGCCAAACCUCCUGUCUCCUCUGGUUGGCUCCUUUAAUGGUACCCAGGUGCCCCAGUUCCUGUUCAGCACCAGCAACUUUCUUUAUCUACUGUUUACCACCGAUAACAGCCGGUCAAAUGCCGGCUUCAAAAUAUUAUAUGAAAGCGUUACGGUGGACAGCUACUCAUGCCUGGACCCUGGUAUCCCUGUCAAUGGUAUUCGGUAUGGUCAGGAUUUCUCCAUCGGGUCCACAGUAUCAUUCGGUUGUGGUUCUGGCUACAGACUCAGCCAUGAGGAGCCGCUAGUAUGUGAGAAGAACCACUGGUGGAGCCACCCUUUACCUACAUGUGACGCUCUAUGUGGCGGGGAUGUUAGAGGUCCCUGGGGAACCAUCCUUAGUCCCGGCUAUCCAGACAGCUACCCUUCAUCUCUCAACUGUACCUGGACUGUUGAAGUCAGCCAUGGGAAAGGAGUCCAGUUUCAGUUCAGCUCUUUUCACCUGGAGGACCAACACGACUACCUCUUGGUUACUGAAAACGGAAGUUUCCUGCAACCACUGGCUCGCCUGACCGGCAACGAGUUGCCUAGCAACAUCAAUGCUGGUCUCUAUGGCAACUUCAAAGCCCAGCUACGAUUCAUCUCUGACUUUUCGAUUUCAUAUGAGGGAUUCAACAUAACGUUCUCUGAAUAUACUUUGGAGCCAUGUGAGGACCCUGGGAUGCCUCGGUUUGGCAGAAGAAACGGCUACAGUUUUGGCAUUGGAGACACUUUGUCUUUUUCCUGCAAUAUGGGUUACCGCCUAGAGGGGGUGCCAGAGGUAAUCUGUCUGGGAGGAGGGCGGAGAAUGUGGAGCUCACCUCUACCAAGAUGUGUCGCGGAGUGUGGUUCUUCAGUUAUGAACAAUGAAGGGAUCCUUCUCUCUCCAAACUAUCCAAUGAACUAUGACAACAACCACGAGUGCAUCUACAGCAUCCAGGUGCAAGCUGGAAAAGGCAUCAACAUCUCUGCUCGAACCUUUCAUCUUGCCCAAGGGGAUAUACUCAAGAUUUAUGAUGGCAAAGACAGCACAGCCCAAGUUCUGGGAGCAUUCACGGGAUCGUCUAUGUUGGGCCUGACGCUGAUCUCCACUUCCAACCAUCUCUGGCUGGAAUUUUACAGUGAUGCAGAAAGUACAGGGGAAGGAUUCAAACUGGUCUACUCCAGUUUUGAGUUGUCUCAUUGUGAGGACCCAGGCGUGCCUCAGUUCGGCUUCAAGGUCAAUGACCAAGGUCAUUUCUCCGGGAGCAGCAUCACAUACAGAUGUGAGCCCGGAUACACUCUGCAUGGUGCUUCCACACUGAAGUGCAUGACUGGCGAAAGGAGAGCCUGGGAUAACCCUCUGCCUUCUUGUAUCGCGGAGUGUGGUGGCCGUUUUAAAGAUGAGUCUUCAGGGAGGAUUCUUUCCCCUGGGUACCCUUUUCCUUAUGACAAUAAUCUGCGCUGCACCUGGACCAUCGAGGUGGACUCAGGAAACAUUGUGAGCCUGCAGUUCUUGGCCUUUGACACGGAAGCCAGCCACGACAUGCUGAAGGUUUGGGACGGACCACCUGAGAAUGAAAUGUCUUUGUCAGAGCUCAGUGGGUCACUGCUACCUGAUGGAAUCCACUCCACACUGAACACUGUCACUGUUCAGUUUGAGACUGAUUUUUACAUCAGCAAGUCAGGAUUUGCUAUUCAGUUCUCUAGCUCAGUAGCUACAGCCUGCAGGGACCCAGGUGUACCAAUGAAUGGCAGUCGUAGUGGAGAUGGCCGUGAGCCGGGGGAUUCAGUGUCCUUUCAGUGUGACCCAGGAUACGAACUCCAGGGGGAUGACAAAAUCACCUGUAUACAAGUGGAUAACAGAUACUACUGGCAGCCCAGCCCGCCUGUCUGCAUAGCUCCAUGUGGAGGAAACCUAACUGGCUCCAAUGGAUUUAUACUGUCUCCUAACUACCCACAUCCCUACCCUCACUCCAAGGACUGUGAUUGGCUCAUUGCUGUCAACUCCGACUACGUCCUGUCGCUGGCUUUUAUCGGUUUCAACAUUGAGCCAAACUAUGACUUCCUGUAUAUCUAUGAUGGUCCGGAUAGCAACAGUCCUCUGAUAGGUAGCUUCCAGGACAGCAAACUCCCAGAGCGGAUAGAGAGCAGCUCGAAUACGAUGCAUUUAGCAUUCCGCAGUGAUGGGUCUGUUUCUUACACUGGCUUUCACCUGGAAUACAAAGCUAAACUGAGGGAAUCAUGUUUCGACCCAGGUGUGGUUCUGAAUGGGACCAGGCUGGGAUCCGAUUAUAAGCUUGGCUCUACUGUCACCUUCUAUUGUGAGGCUGGAUAUGUUUUGCAGGGCUAUUCUACCCUAACCUGUAGUAUGGGAGAUGAUGGCAGACCUGGAUGGAACAGGGCAUUGCCUAGUUGUCAAGCUCCCUGUGGAAGUCGUUCAACAGGAACAGAAGGGACUGUUUUAUCUCCAAACUUCCCCAGAAACUAUACCUCUGGACAGACCUGCGUCUACUCUAUAUCUGUACCGAGAGAGUUUGUCCUCUUUGGACAGUUUGUGUUGUUCCAGACAUCUCUAAAUGAUGUGGUGGAAAUCUACAAUGGACCCACUCAACAAAACACGCUACUGUCUUCUCUCUCUGGGUCCCACUCUGGUGAGUCUCUCCCUCUCAGUUCUGGAAAUCAGAUCACAGUGAAGUUUACCACGGUCGGACCAGAAACUGCAAAGGGUUUUCACUUCGUCUACCAAGCUGUCCCGAGGACCAGCUCCACCCAGUGUAGUUCAGUCCCUGAGCCGCGCUUUGGGAAGCGUCUCGGUAAUGACUUUGCAGUUGGCUCAUUGGUGCAGUUCGAGUGCAACCCUGGUUAUGUCCUGCAUGGCUCAACUGGCAUACGGUGUGAGAGUGUACCUGACAACUUGGCACAAUGGAAUGACACCCUGCCAACAUGCAUAGUUCCCUGUGGGGGUAUGUUGACCUCUCGUCGUGGGACCAUCCUAUCGCCUGGAUAUCCAGAGCCCUAUGACAACAACCAGAACUGUGUGUGGAAGGUCUCCGUUCCAGAAGGGGCUGGAAUACAGAUACAAGUUGUGAGUUUUGCCACUGAGCAUAACUGGGACUCUUUGGAUUUUUACGAUGGUGCCGACAACCAUGGACCAAGACUGGGCAGCUACUCUGGCACCACCAUUCCCCUUCUCCUGAAUAGUACAUCUAACAACCUCUAUCUCAGCUUCAACUCUGAUAUAAGUGUCUCAGCUGCUGGUUUUCACUUGGAAUAUACAGCUAUUGGUCUGGAGUCAUGUCCAGAGCCUCAGACUCCAAACUAUGGAAUAAGACAAGGAGACAGAUUUAUGGUGGGAGACGUCGUACAGUUUUCAUGCGAACAAGGAUACUCUCUUCAGGGCAACGCCCAUAUCACCUGCAUGCCUGGACCUGUUCGAAGAUGGAACUACCCUGUACCACUAUGUCUUGCCCAGUGUGGUGGGUCUAUGACAGAUGUAAGUGGAGUGAUUCUAAGUCCUGGUUUCCCCGGCAACUACCCCAGUGGAUUAGACUGCACAUGGACAGUCAACUUACCUAUCGGCUUUGGUAUCCAUCUCCAGUUUCUGAACUUCUCUACUGAAGCAAUCCAUGAUUAUUUGGAGAUCCGCAGUGGAAUACUGGAGCUGGGCUCGGUCAUUGACCGGUUCAGCGGUCCAGUCAUCCCCAAGCCUCUGUUCAGCACCACUCACCAGACCAGCUUCUUCUUCCACAGUGACUAUUCACAAAACAAACCAGGGUUCCACAUCACAUAUCAAGCCUACCAGCUUCAGAGUUGCCCAGACCCUCGGCCAUUUCGAAACGGCAUCGUGAUUGGCACAGAUUUCAGUGUUGGGAUGACGGUGUCGUUUGAAUGUCUGCCCGGAUAUUCUCUGAUCGGAGAGGCUUCACUCACAUGUUUACAUGGUAUCAGCAGGAACUGGAAUCACCAACUACCGCGUUGUGAAGCUCUCUGUGGUGGCAACAUCACAUCAUUAAAUGGGACUAUUUACUCUCCUGGUCACCCUGAGGAAUACCCCAACUUCCAGGACUGUGUGUGGAGUGUUAGAGUUCCUCCUGGACACGGGAUUUACAUCAAUUUUACUGUACUGAGCACUGAGCCCAUAUAUGACUACAUUACCGUCUGGGAUGGCCCAGACCAAUCAUCUCCUCAGAUUGGCCAGUUUAGUGGGAACACAGCUUUGGAGUCUGUCUACUCGACUUCAAACAUCAUCCUCAUCAAAUUCCACUCUGACUUCUCUGGAGCCGGCUUCUUUGUCUUAAGCUACCAUGCCUACCAAUUAAGGGUUUGCCAGCCUCCUCCAGAAGUGCCCAAUGCUGACAUGCUGAUGGAAGACGGAGAGUUGGAGAUAGGUGACAUCAUCAGGUACAGAUGCCAUCCUGGAUUCUCAUUGGUUGGCAGUGAGAUUCUCACAUGUCGCCUAGGAGAAAGACUACAGAUGGAUGCACCACCUCCAACAUGCCAAGUCCAGUGCCCUGCACAUGAUGUACGAUAUGACUCGUCAGGUGUCAUCUUGAGCCCCGGUUGGCCAGAAAGCUACCCUAACCUCCAAAUGUGUUCAUGGAGCGUCACAGUAGAGAAAGGAUACAAUGUCACCGUUACCUUUGAAAGUUUCCACACUGAGAGAGAGUUUGACGUGUUGACAAUUUUUGAUGGUCCAACAUCCAACAGUCCCACUCUGGCAACGCUGAGCGGUGACCUGCCAACACCCUUUAACCUCACAUCCUCUGGUCACCAGUUCCUGGUCAGCUGGUCUUCAGACCAUGGCACAAACAAGAAAGGCUUCAAAAUUCGCUAUGUUGCUCUGUACUGCUCAACCCCCGACUCUCCGCUCCAUGGCUCUAUCUCCUCUCAAAGCGGCGGCCAUAUUAACAGUGUGGUGCGCUGGGCUUGCGACCGUGGUUACCAUCUCAUAGGCAACGCCACAGCCACCUGCCGCCGCUCGUCACUGGGCUACCACGCAUGGGACUCUCCUGUACCUGCGUGUCAAGCUGUCUCAUGCGGGGCACCCAAGGCUCCUAUAAACGGCGGCGUUUUAACAGCCGACUACUCCGUCGGAACAAGAGUUUCCUAUUUUUGUAACGACGGGUACAAACUCUCCAGUAAAGAACUGACGUCAGCCAUCUGUCAGCCUGAUGGGACAUGGAGCAACCACAAUAAGAUACCACGGUGUUCUGUGGUGGUAUGUCCCAGCAUCGGGUCAUUUUCUUUAGAGCACGGCCGCUGGAGGAUUGUCAAUGGCUCACACUACGAAUACAGAACUCGCAUUGUGUUCACCUGCGAUCCGGGAUACUACAGAUUAGGCCCCGCCCACAUUCAGUGCUUACCCACUGGCGUGUGGAGCUGGAGAAAUGAGAGACCACACUGCCAGGUUAUAUCCUGUGGUGAGCUGCCAUCUCCACCCAGUGGAAAGAAGAUUGGUACUCAGACAACAUUUGGUGCUACGGCCAUCUUUACCUGCGAUGCUGGCUUCAUGCUAGUGGGGUCAGCUGUCAGAGAGUGCCUGUCAUCUGGGCUUUGGAGUGGAACGGAAACACGGUGUUUAGCUGGUCACUGUGGAAUCCCUGAAGGCAUUGUGAACGGCCAGGUCAUCGGUGAGAACUUUGGUUACCGUGACACGGUGGUGUAUCAGUGUCUGCCUGGCUUUCGACUAAUAGGCUCAUCGGUUAGAAUCUGUCUCCAAGACAACCAGUGGUCUGGACAGCUGCCCGUCUGUAUAUCAAUCAGCUGUGGCCAUCCCGGAAGUCCCAUAUAUGGUCGUACUGUGGGAAACGGCUUCAACCUCAAUGAUGUGGUCAGCUUUGUCUGUCAUCGGGGUUACGAAAUGGAGGGGCCCGCACAUGCUCAGUGUCAGGCCAACCGCCAGUGGAGCCACCCGCCCCCAACAUGUAAAGUGGUCAAUUGCUCUGACCCAGGUAUCCCAGCUAACUCCAUCCGGCAGAGUAAAAUAGAGCAUGGGAACUUUACCUUUGGCACUGUGGUUUUCUACGACUGUAACCCGGGCUAUUACCUGUUUGGAUCACCUGUACUGACCUGUCAACCUACUGGACAGUGGGACAAACCCCUGCCUGAAUGUAUAGUUGUAGAUUGUGGUCAUCCUGGCUCUCCCCCUAACGGUGUGCUGAGUGGAGAUAAGUUUACAUUUGGUUCAACGGCUCGAUACUCCUGUCUGGGCGGAAGACAGCUGAAAGGAGAAUCAUCCAGGACUUGUCAGCUCAACGGGAUGUGGAGUGCCCCGAUGCCCUUCUGCUCUGGCGACACUGCUGGUUCCUGUGGCGAUCCUGGCAUUCCCUCCCACGGUUUGAGGGAGCAAACGGAUUUCAGGAUCCGUUCCAAGGUUCACUUCAGCUGCUCGGAGGGCUAUGAUCUGAUUGGUUCUUCAGAGAGGAUGUGCUUCCCUAAUGGGACGUGGUCCGGCACACAGCCCUUCUGUAAACCUGUCCAGUGUGGUAACCCUGGCACUCCCAGUAAUGGCAGAGUAUUUCGUUUGGAUGGAACAACAUUUUCUCACUCUGUCAUCUACUCCUGCAUGGAUGGCUACCUGCUCACCGGCACCACCACCAGGCUGUGUCAGGCAAAUGGGACCUGGUCAGGAGUACAGCCCAACUGUACCAUGAUAAACUGCGGGGAUCUAGGUGUGCCAGCUAACGGCCUUCGCUAUGGAGAAGACUUUACAAUUGGUCAGAAUGUUUCCUUCCAGUGCCAACCAGGAUACAGAAUGGAGGAGGAUGGAUCACCUGUGAGGACGUGCACCCAAAACGGGACGUGGAGUGGGAUUAUGCCUAUGUGUACAGCGGUGACCUGCCCAGCUCCCCCUGUCAUCAGUAAUGGGGUACUGCAGGGCAGUGACUUUGAAUGGGGCAGCAGUGUGAGCUACAGUUGCUCACCUGGAUAUGAGCUCUCAUUCCCGGCUGUCCUGACCUGCGUGGCCAAUGGCACCUGGAGCGGCAUGCUACCACAGUGCUUACCCAAGUUUUGUGGUGACCCAGGUACUCCAGUCAGGGGUUUCAGAGAGGGACGCAGUUUCAUCUACCAAUCAGAAGUUACCUUCAGUUGUGCUCCACCUCUCAUUCUGGUCGGCACGGCAACUAGACUUUGUGAAAGUGACGGUACCUGGAGUGGUACGCAGCCUCGCUGUAUCGAACCGACCAAAACCAGCUGUGAGAACCCGGGAACGCCACGCUACGGCUCCUUAAACCGCACCUACGGUUUCAAGGUGGGGAACGUGGUGUCAUUUCAGUGCCAGCCAGGUCAUUUGAUUCAGGGCUCUUCCUCUAGAACUUGCCAGCCUGAUCUAACGUGGAGCGGAUCACAACCUGAGUGCAUACCCCAUGCCUGUAAGCAGCCAGAGAGCCCGCUCCAUGUGGACGUGGUGGGGAUGGAUCUGCCUGGUUUUGGCUACACCUUGGUGUACAGCUGUCAGCGUGGCUACUUCCUGGCGGGAGGUUCUGAACACAGAGUCUGCAAGAGUGACGGCACAUGGACAGGAAAGAUGCCUAUAUGUCGAGCUGGAGAGAAGAAGAAACCUGUGAAACCAGCAACAGGAACUCCCAGCCCCAAACUAAACGUUCCAGAUGAUGUCUUUGCUCCGAACUACAUAUGGAAAGGUUCCUAUAAUUACCGUGGGAGGAAGCAGCCUAUGACACUGAGCAUCACCAGCUUCAACUCCACAACAGGAAGAGUCAACGUCUCCCUCAGUAAUGGCAACAUGGACCUGCUCCUAUCAGGAGUGUAUAAGGCUUCUGAGGCCAGGCUGUUACUGCUGAUGUACCAGGUGAACUACGCAAACCAGGGAACCCAGCUCAAAGAUUCAGCCCUAUCUCCAGCCAAAAUCAUAGAUGACUCCUGGACCAUGGAUGGAUUUGUAUCAGCAGAGCCUGAUGGUUCUAGUUACGUAUUUCAGGGUUUCAUUCAGGGAAAAGACUAUGGACAGUUUGGACUGCAAAGACUGGGUCUGAAUAUGUCAGAGAGUCAGAACUCGUCACCCCCUCAGCUUGGUACCAACAGCAGUUCUGUGGCUAUCGCUAUUCUGGUGCCUUUCUUCGCUCUAAUAUUCACUGGCUUCGGCUUCUAUCUCUACAAACAACGAACCACACCAAAAACACAGUACACAGGCUGCUCAGUCCAUGAAAACAACAACGGCCAGGCUGCCUUUGAGAACCCCAUGUACAACACCAACGCCAAGGCUGUGGAGGGGAAGGCUGUUAGAUUCGAUCCGAAUCUAAAUACUGUGUGUACCAUGGUCUGAGGAUUGGUUAUCCUCAUUUGAACUGAAUGACUUUAGACAUCUAAUGGGACCACAAUUGGUGCGAGGCUGCGGAGGGGGAAGCCGUAUGCUUCGACUCAAACCUCAACGUUGUCAGCAACACGGCCUAUAAAUUACAAAAGACCUUCAGUCCCACUUCAGAAACCUAAGCUCCCCAAGCAGAGUGAAAAACCAAAACCCAGCGUUGGCUCCUUUCAUUUACAGUAUUUUUGUAUCCACAAUUUCAACAAAUGUAAACACAAAAUGUCUGCUACCUUUGACGGAUGCAACACA